CAGAUAUAGUGAAUGCAGGGUCCGGGGUGACCAGAUAUAGUGAAUGCAGGGAGACCAGAUAUAGUGAAUGCAGGAUAUAGUGAAUGCAGGGUCCGGGGAGACCAGAUAUAGUGAAUGCAGGGUCCGGGGAGACCAGAUAUAGUGAAUGCAGGGUCCGGGGAGACCAGAUAUAGUGAAUGCAGGGUCCGGGGAGACCAUAUAUAGUGAAUGCAGGGUCCGGGGAGACCAUAUAUAGUGAAUGCAGGGUCCGGGGGAGACCAGAUAUAGUGAAUGCAGGGAGACCAGAUAUAGUGAAUGCAGGGAGACCAGAUAUAGUGAAUGCAGGGAGACCAGACAUCGUGAAUGCAGGGUCCGGG